AUGUCUGACUUCAAACUCGCCGCGGUGGAGGCAAAGUGUCGAGAACUUUUACGCACGGUCGAUGUGGAAACCCUCUCCGAGCGUCAAAUUCGCGAGAGAUUAGCCCAAGAUCUCGGGUUUCCCGUUGAUGAUUUCAAACCGUUGAUUGUGUCUCUCGUGGACGAGUUCGUGCAAAAGGAACGCGCGGAAGAAGAAGAAGUGCUCCGCUCCCCGGGAGAACAACCACCACAACCGUUGACGAAGAAGCAGAAAGUUAGUGGUGUCGAUGAGGAGGACCUGUUGAGGAGUAAAUGGGAAGGGCCUCCUCCUCCUGCUGCACAAAAAGGGGCUGCUUUCGCGGUGAAGCGAGAAGCAGCAGCAGCUCCUCCUUCUGCCGCCGCUGAACGUGUCCUUCCAAAAGAGGAGACGGUCAAGGACGAGGACGCCGAGAAAAGUUUGAAACAAACGCUGGAGACGAUUUUCGACGCUUUAGAAGAUUACGGCGCGAACGGGACGACGGCGAAAGUUAUAUCGGAAGCGACGAAGAUGGACAAGUCGGAAGUCAAUCGGGUGUUGUAUUUGUGCUUGAAGCGAGGGAUGGAUUUAAGGUUGACGCACGAUAGCAAGAAGGCGCCACCGACGUGGGCAUUGGACGUGACCAAGGAGAAAGGGAGUGGCGGAGGUGCCGCGGCGGCGAAAUCGGGAGGAACGCAGCAGCAACAACAACAACAACAACAACAACAACAACAACAACAACAAGCCGAAGACGCCGUAGAUGGCGAGGUGUGCAGACUCUCUAACGCGAAGCGCGUAGCCGUGCAAGUGUAUAGAGGCGCACCGACGAUUUCAUUCAGAGAGUACUAUCAAAAAGACGGCCAGUGGCUGCCGGGGAAGAAAGGCGUGAACUUGAACGCGGAACAAUUUGAGAAUUUACGAGAGAAGAUAGCGGAUGUGGAGAUUAAAAUCGAUAUCGUCGCUGCGGGUAACUCGGAAAGCGAAGCGGUGUGCGAAAUCGGAGGGAAUAAGAGAGUGACGGUGUCAAAAUAUCAAGGGAAACCGAUGGUACACGUUCGCGAGUACUACCAAAACAAAAACGGCGAGUGGGCGCCGGGAUUUAAAGGUUUAGCGUUUAAUCGCGAACAGUGGGAAAUGUUUGUCAACCACGCGGAUGAAAUCAGCGCGAAGAUAGAAACGAUGUAA